GUCGCCGUCCUGUCAUGCUGCACUGACAUUUGCCGGGCUAAAAUGUCAACUUGUGGUAGAUAAUAAUGUCUAAAUGCGCUUUUUGUAAUAAAUUAUUGAAGAAUGUAAUCGCUUGUUUUGUGCAAGAUGUGGAAUAACGUCGGAAGGCUCUCCACCAUGACAUGCUUGAAAAUCUUUCCUGGAUCCUUAAGGUCACAUUUGCGUGGCGUCCAGUUGGCAGUAAAAGCCCAGGUGAGAUGUAUCUCUCAGGGCGUGUCCAGGACAGACUCCUCCCCCCGACCUGCUCGCUCUCUCAGCUCCAGAAGUGUCCUGUCUGUGCCAGCGUUGUACCUGCAGCCGUGCAGUAUGAGGCGAGUGAGCGGGUCUGGGUCCGGGUGGUACGAGAGCGUGGCAGAUUCCGCUCCGGUCCACUUUACAGAGCAGCUCCUGAUUUCCAGCCAGCAGAUGACGGGGUUGCCGUGGUGGGCGGGGAUCAUCUGCACCACAGUGGCGCUUCGCACCGUCGUCACUUUGCCACUUGCCAUCUACCAGGCCGCCAUAAUCGCAAAGAUCGAAGCCUUGCAGAAGGAAAUAGCGGAGUUAGCACAGCGGCUACGCUACGAGAUCUCCGUCAGGGCCCAGGAGAAGGGCUGGUCUGAGAAAACCUGCAGGUACCAUUUUAAGAAGAAUCUGCGGAGGAUCGUCUCCGAACUCUACGUGAGGGACAACUGCCACCCCUUUAAGGCCAGUUUGCUCGUCUGGGUGCAGUUGCCCAUGUGGGUGAGCGUCUCUCUCGCCCUGCGUAACAUCAGCGUGGGAUUGGAACACGCCCCCUCAGGACUGCAGCAGCAGCUGGCAGCAGGUGGCGCUCUCUGGUUUCCGGACCUGACGGUACCAGACUCCACCUGGAUCAUCCCCGUGUCUCUGGGCCUCAUCAACCUGCUCAUCACUGAGGUUUAUGCCCUGAGCAAGCUUGAACAGUCAAAGUUCCAGAAGUACGUGACCAACGUUAUCAGAGGAAUCUCUCUGGUCAUGAUUCCUUUAGCCGCCACCGUCCCUUCCUCGAUGGCACUGUACUGGCUCAGCUCCAGCUGCAUUGGUCUGGCUCACAACCUCCUCCUGCGUUCCCCACGAUUCCGCUCUCUCUGCCGGAUCCCGCCGUCUCGCUCGGACUCUCACACUCCCUACAGGGACAUCGCUGCUGCCUUCGUCACCAAAUACAUGAAAUAAACUCACCGUCUGGCUUGGUCCGAUUCGGCAGUGAUACCAUCUGUCUUCUCUCUACUCCUGGACAUCAUGGAGGACAAGAGAUAAACAUUAAGACUGAAGGAUUUCCGGGAUACACGGUUUUAGUGUUGAGGUAGAAAUAUUUAGAAAGAAGUCCUGUAAACUUAGUGUGGGAGGAAAGUAAACUGAACCAAAGGCUCUUCUUCCUCUUUCAGCGUCUUCCUCUUUCUUUUGCUCCGGUUUUGGUUUUGAAUAUUGUCUGUGGAACAGAAUUUUAAAAGUAAAAAAUACACUGUAAAUCUUCUGAUGAUGCUAUUAUUGAUCAAAACAAAUCCUAAACAAUUAAAAAUCAUUUUUGAAUAAUUCUCACUGGAUUCAGGUUCUCCUAGGACGAGUUCAGAGGUCAUGAUUAUUGAUUAUCUGCGAUCACGAUAUUUCUGACACGACUUGAAGACAGCAAUAAACAUCACGAUUGCGACUUAAUUUUUUAUGAAUUGUGGGCGUGUCUAAAACAUCACCGGAGCUUAAUCACAACCUCCAGACCAGAAAACCUGAAAAAUGUUGUUGUUGUUGUUUUACUGUUAUUAUUACUAAUUAUUGUGUAUUCACAUUGACAAGAAUUUUCUGUUUGUUAAAUUUUUUAUGUGGCAU